AGCUGAGGAUUUGAGGAGCAGGUCACUUUCUAACGAUGAGUAUGGCUUCGUACCGCCCGGUCUCGUGUUCCACACGACUCCAUUUCACUCACAAUUACGACACAACGCGGCUACCACUGACCUUAUCGCUCAACGUCCAUUCCACUGCCCAAAAUCUCAAAGGUCGUUACCGGAAUACUAGCAGCAGAAGAAGAAUUUCGGUGGUUCCACGGGCGGGACCCAGCACCAGCAGCUACAUCUUCGCCUUUGUCUUGCCCAUCUCUCUCUUGGCCGUCACCGUCGUCACUUCUAUGAGAAUUGUUGACAAGCUCGACCAGAAGUUCCUGGAAGAGGUUGCAAUAAACCAAGCUAUACUAGAAGCAAAGGAGGAUGAGGAUGAAGUUAACAUUCCUUUAGAAAAUGAACCUGCAGCACCACGCACCCGCAAUCGGCCCAAACGAGAAGUUGAGCCAUCGUCUAAGUAAUUUUUGCUUUUGGUUUGGGAGUUAAAAGAAGAGAGGACAGACAUAUAUGUAAGACAAUUGUUGUAAUCCCAUACCUUCAGAAUGCUUGCUAUAGCUAUUUCUAAUACUGUAUAUAUUUCAUAUUAGAAAAAUUAAGAAAUAAUGCUACGAGUAAUUUCCUAAGAAGUAUCAGCUUAUCUCUUCUUCA